GCUGCCAUGGCCUCUGAAGCUGAAACUCCUGAGAUUUCUUCUUUGUUUGAGCGACUCUUGAGGCACAGAGAUAUGUCUUUGUUUCUUCCCUUUAUUUUGGGUUUCACGGGUAACAUCUCCACGAGAGAGAGUAAUCCUGAACACACAGAUCAAGAAACAAAUACGAAUUCGAGUGAGAGAAUUAUUCUAAUUAACCCUUUGACUCAAGGAAUGGUGGUGAUUGAAGGAACGUCAAGUUUGGAUUCUUUGAUGAGGAACUUAGUAUCCAAAGAUGGUCAACCGCCAGCUUCCAAGGCGUCUGUGGAGGCUAUGCGGAGUUUCGAGAUUGGUGAUAGUGAAGAUGAAAAAGAAGGGGAAAUGGGUGAGUGUGUAGUGUGUUUAGAAGAGUAUGAGGUUGGUGAGAUGGGGAAAGAGAUGCCAUGUAAGCAUAGGUUUCACGGUAAGUAUAUAGAGAAGUGGCUUGGGAUUCAUGGGUCGUGUCUUGUUUGUAGAUACAAGAUGCCUGUUGAUGAAGAUGAAAUUGGUUACAAGAGAGAUAAGCAAAGGAGAGAGGUUUGGGUCAACUUUUCUUUUAAUAGUGGUAGGAGAAGUGGGGAUUCCGAUCCUAAAUCUAAUCAAACUCAGAAUCAAACUUCUCCUGCAGCAGAUUCUGAGUCUGCUGAUGUCUCUUCUUCCCCAAGCGAGAGAGAAAGAGAAAGAGAGACUGUGAUUUGA